CUCUCUCUUUCUCUCCGCUCGCCCCAUCUCGCUUGCUCCUCUCUUGGCUUUCUCGGUUUUCGGUUUUGGUUCCUGGGUUCUGUCGCCCCCGCUCCGCUGCAAAACGAAAGGCAGCCCCACUUGGACACCUGGAAACUUUGCGGACAUUUGGAAAUGGAAAAGUCUGAGAAAUUUUCAGAUUACCUCUUCGCCAAAAUGGGUCCCCCCACCUCCACUGAGCUGCCGCCGAAGACCACGGAGCGCAGCGACGCACCCGUCGAGCUGACCGGCUAUCGCAGGUGGCUGUCGGAUAACCUCAUGCUGUUGGUCACCCUCUCCGGGGUUCUCCUGGGCGUAGUACUGGGACUCUCGUUGCGACCGCUAAAUUUACACGGCGACUCCAUCAUGCUGAUCUCGUAUCCUGGCGAACUUUUCAUGCGCGUGCUGAAGCUGAUGAUCUUGCCGCUGGUCAUAUCCAGCCUGAUUGCCGGAUCGGCCAGUCUUAAUGCAAAGAUGAAUGGCAAGAUAGCGCUGCGCACAUUGGUUUACUUCGCCAGUACUUCCUUCUUCAACGCCGCCCUAGGAAUCGCUCUCGUGUUGCUCAUCCAUCCUGGAAAUCCCGAUCUGCACAACGCCGAUGAUCGGUCGACGGAUAGGCGGGCAGUCAACCUACUGGAUAGUCUUUUGGAUUUGGGAAGAAAUGUAUUCCCGGACAACCUGUUCCAGGCCUCCAUUCAGCAGGCGCACACCGUCUACCUGCCCAAGCCGAGCAUUCUGCAUGCCUUCAACGAGACGAUGAACGACACCUUGGUGGAGGCUCAACGUCUGUCGGAGGAUCUGUCGGAGGAGGUGGUGCUCGUGCGGGACAUCCAGUACCGCAGUGGAACCAACACGCUGGGCAUCGUUUUCUUCUGCCUGGUAUUCGGAACUUUCCUGGGGACCAUUGGCCAGAAGGGCCAGGUAGUGGUCGACUUCUUCGCCGCUAUUUUCGAGGUGAUAAUGAAGAUGGUAACCUGUGUGAUGUGGCUAACGCCUGUGGGAAUUAGUUCUGUGAUCGCCGGCAAGAUCCUGAGCGUCGGCGACUUGGGCCUGGUGAUGUCCCAGCUCAUGUGGUUCAUCGUCACUGUGGCCAUCGGCGUCAUCAUCUACCAGUUCGUGGUGAUGCAGGCCAUCUACUUCGUCGUCGUGCGCCGCAAUCCAUUCAAGUUCUACGCCGGACUCAUCCAGGCCAUGCUAACCGCCUUCGCCACGGCCUCAACCGCCGCCGCCCUGCCCAUUACAUUCCGCUGCAUGAACGAGAAGCUGAAGGUGGAUCCGCGGAUCACGCGGUUCGUCCUGCCCAUCGGAUGCAAUAUCAAUAUGGACGGGACGGCCCUUUACAUCGCGGUGGCCUCGAUCUUCAUUGCCCAGAUGAGCGGAAUGGUCCUGGGAUUCGGGGAGCUGCUCACCGUGCUCCUCACCUCCACGGCCGCCUCGAUGAGCUCGGCCAGUGUUCCGAGUGCCGCCCUGGUCCUCCUUCUCGUCGUCCUCACCGCCAUCGAUGCUCCUGUCCAGGAUGUGACGCUCUUGUUCGCCGUGGAUUGGUUUGUGGAUCGGAUUCGCACUACGAACAACAUGCUGGGCGAUUGCUAUACUGCCGCCAUUGUGGAGGAACUUUCACGCAAGGAGUUGAUGGCUUUGGAUGCGGCUUCUGUGAAUUAUCAGGACAUGCCCGCCGGCACCCCCAAUGGUCAUGGUCACGGGCACCACGAGGGCGGUCUCCUCGAGGGGCAGACGGAGCUGGAGACGAGCAGCAAGUGCGUGAUGACGAUGACCGACUCGGUGGUGGUGGACAUGAGUGCAGUGAUGAACAACGUGAACCUGCAGCAGGAGCACUGCAAUCGCAGGGUCUAAAUGGAAACCGAUUUUAGUUCGUCAGCAUCAGCUCCAUAAUCCUAAAGCAACCACCACCACCAGAAAAACAACAAUAACACCUAGACCACAGUGUUCCCCCAAGAAAACCAAAAAGUUUUUGAUAUAGCAUCUUUAAAGAACAACAACAACAACAACAACCGAUUGGAUAUAUAUCGAGAGACUGUCUGACGAACCCACCCGUAUUGAAUUUACUCCUCUUUUGGACCAGUGUCGAUAGCAAUUAAUUAGCCUGAACACUUAAAGGACUCCGCAUACGUAUAUAUCGAAUAUUCACCUAGUAGGAAGAACCGCAUAAGGAUAUUAUAUUAUGCCACAUUAUUAAGCACACACACUUUACCUUUAACCCCCAAGAAGAAAAAGGAGAAGCGAGGGAUUCUUGUGAUCUGUCCUGGGAACUAUGUGGAUAAUCUAUGGGUAUUAUUUUGUAAGCUCGAUUGUGAUGGGGUCACCACACUGAUUUGUUUGAUAGUGUUGCUUAUUUCUACGUCAUAUAUGUGUUGUUUGGGUGUUUUACGAGCGAGAAAGAGAGAGAGAGAGAGGUCAAUGUUUAAGUUGAUUGAGGGAUGAACGCAGAAACGCAGGUUGUACAAGAAGCUGGCCUAGGUUUAGUUCUAGUUUUAGUUGAUCUGUUAAUUUCCUAAAAAACUCACCUUUGGUUACUACAAUUCCCAGACUAACUUACGAUUAUCAAUUACCCAUUAGCAACUAUCAAUUACCAAUUACCAAUUACCGAUACCAAAUAUCACACAUGCAUUCGUAGACUGAUAGCAGACUUAGUAGCGAUAACAAAUAUGUAUCUGCAUAUAUGCAAUACUUACUAACCAAUAUCCGACAUUCGAUUUGUACGCAAACGCAUACGCUGAAUACAAUAAAAGUUAUUAUACCACCUA